CAACCACAGCAACAGCAGCUCCAACCACAGCAACAGCAGCUCCAACCACAACAACAGAAGCUCCAACCACAGGAGCCCCAUUUGUACCCACUACAACUACAACUGAACCUCCUGCUCCAGUGUAUGUUCUUGCAGCAACCAUUAUUGAACCAUAUGAUGAACAGCUUGGAAACAAAUCCAGCAAAUUGUUUAUGGAUCUUGAGAAAAAAGUCAAAGAAACUUAUGACUUAAUCUACAAAAAGAAGUUUGGAAUCCUCUUCAUUCGUAGUUUUGUCAUUGCAUUUAGAAUUUCCACACAAUCUGCACGAUUGACUACUACUGAAGCAGAAGUGGGAUUGGAGUUUAGUAAAACUACAACUUCUGAAAAUCUCCCAAAGAAUGAAGUUGUACAAGAAACCUUACGCGAGGCGAUAAACAGCACCACUUUCAACGUUACAUUCAUUCCUAACACCAUUAAUAUAAUAAACUCUCCUUUGACAACCACAGCUCCCAGUACAAAUUCUAGCAUUACUGCUAUCACUGCAAACACUACAACUACACCAACCACACCUACAACUGUGGAGUCAACAAUAAGAAGGCGACUGACUUUUCGGACUGAGGAGACCUUCACAACUGAUUUACUGAACCUGUCUUCGACAGCAUUUAGGAAUCGAGCUGCACUUUUAAAGUCCAAUCUUGAACCAUUCUACAGGAAUGUGUUUCCUUCAUUGCGUAACUUCACUGUGAUUUCAUUCAGCAAUGGGUCAAUUGUCAACAACAUUGAUCUUAAAUUUGCAACAGCAUCCGCUCCUAAUGAGACCCAAAUUGUGGACGUUUUGGUCAAAGCAGUUUCAAACAUCACAGUUUUUGUUAUCGACAAAGGUUCGAUUGUCGUGGAUGUCACAUAUCCUGAAAAUGCCAAAGGCUUCAGAGCAUCCAGUCAAGAUGAGACCAGCAUCACUCUGCAGUGGAAUAAAAUAAACAACAAAAUCAGCUUUGUUCUCCAGUUUAAUGGCACAGAGACAUUCAUCAGUGCACCAGAAGGAGAUGGACCAGUAAACUACACAGUGUCAUCUCUCAGUCCUGGAACCAAUUACACAUUCACUCUAUUCUCUGUGUUUGACAACAUAAGAAGUAGAGGAGUACAGCUUACAGCUGCCACUGCUUCUAAAAAUGCAUAUGCCUCCAUAUUUUACAUCUAA